AUGGCGCUGUUGCCGGGGAAUCGGUUCUCAAAGAAAUCAUCUCCGUUAUUGUUUGAUCCAGAAAUUGAGAAGACUGCUCGACAGAAUCUCGUUCUUCUCCGUUCAGCAGUGAAAGCUAAAGCUCAGUCAUCAACAGUUGCUCAAGAUCUUGAACAGACAGCUCACGAGAUGGCUGAUCAAGAGCCACAAAACCAAGCCCAAAACGAACCAAUUCCACCCAUUCCAGAUUACAGAUACGAUGAGGGGUACGAUGUGAAUCAAGGCUAUCCGGUCCAACAACGGGUCAAUCAAAGAAAUCACAUCCCGCGCCCGGUUCCACAAAAUCAAGUUCAACAUGGAGUCCCGCAAUUCAAUGCGGGGAAUCAAAGAGCUAAUAAUCGGGUUGGGGGUGAUCAAAUACAGUUUGUGGAUGGUGUCCCACAAGUCGUUCAAGGGGCACCAAUUCAAGACGUUGAAGGUCACUGUCGAACAGUUGUAGUACCUAACUUGUCAGCUAUAGUCACACCAGUUGGAAACAAUAACAGACCUUUCGAGGUGAGGCCUCAAUACUUAGGCCAUUUGCUAGAGUUUUAUGGAAAAACGACUGAAGAACCAUACUUGCACAUAGCAAGUUUUGAUUCAAUUUGCCAAACUAUAGGGGGUUCAGGUUUUACAAAGGAUGAAGUGAAGCUGAUGUUGUUUCAGUUUACCUUGAAAGACAAAGCUCGACAAUGGUUCGCGACAUUACCUCUAGGUAGUAUAUACAUUUGGCAAGAGAUGCAGCAGGUGUUUUUGGAGGAAUACUACACCAUGAAUAGAACCAGUGAAGCUCGGGAUGCAAUCACCGCAUUCCAGCAGGCGUUCACAAGGUUUAAGGAAAUGUUAAGAAAAUGUCCCCAUCAUGGCAUUCAGACAUGGGAGUUGAUCAAAGCGUUCUAUGAUAGGCUACUUCCUGAUGAUAUAAGAGAUCUUAUCGCCAUAAGUAAUGGUAUGUUUCUCACAAACACCGAAGCUGCAGAUUGGGCAUACUUGGAAAGACAUAGUGCCACUUCUAAAAGACAGGCACAAUCUAGCAGAAGGGCAAGAUCAGCAUCAGCAAGAGCAAUUGAUUAUGAAGCUGAAGAACGGGUUGAGAAACUGAAAAACCAGAAUCUGCUAUUAGAGCGACAAGUGGCUCAAAUGAAGUUGGGAAAGGGAGCCGAAGUUAGGGCAGCUAAUGCAUUCGCGGUGUGUACAGAUUGUGGUUUGCGAAAUCACCCGAAUUUUAGUUAUGGAAAUACUGCUAAUCAAAUGAACCCUAAUUUUCAGGUACCCAUGCAAGGAGGCCAACAGUAUCAGAGCCGUCAAGGUAAUUACUCACAAGGAAAUUACCAAAAUCAGGGCCAAUAUAAUCAGGGUAAUCAGCAAGGGAACUCUUCAAGUAGUGGUGGAACAAGUGAUGAAAAAUUGGAUGCUAUUAUGAAGUUUAUGAAGGACAUCCAAAAGGAUAAUGAAGUUCGAGACAAAACUUCCGAGGCAAUGCAGAAGCAGCUGGGGCAGUUAGCAGAGGAUCUAGCCCAGCUGAGAAGAGAUCCAGGUAAGUUGCCGAGCACUACCACAGUUAACCCAGCACAUCAAUCAUCUAGCUCAACGAAUGGAAGAAACGUGCACAUCAACGCGGUAUGUACUCUUCCAACUUUUGAAACUGGUAGUGUUGAAGUAACUCCGCCAUCACAAGUAGUUGAGAAGGUGGUGGAGGAUGUUGGUAAUGGAUCAGACUCUCAACGUGAUCGGGACCCACCAAGGGAUAAAAGGUGGGAGAAUUUUAAACAAGUUAAAAUUAAUCUACCCUUACUCGAUGCGAUUAAAGAGAAUCCUGAUCAGGUUGAGUGUUUGAAAGAGUUAAGUACCCAAAAACGACUUCACAAGUUUCCUAAAAAACUUGAUUUGACUGCAAAUGUGAAUGCCGUUUUGUUGGGUACCCUUCCCCCGAAACUCCAAGAUCCAGGAGCACCCAUUAUUUCAGUGCAAGUGGGUGAAUUUAAAAUAGAAAGGGCGCUAUUGGAUCUUGGAGCGUGUGUUAGUAUUCUACCAGGGAGUCUGUAUGACCAAUAUGAUUUUGGUCCAUUACAAAAAGUCAAUACCACCGUGGUGUUGGCUGAUCAGACUCCCAUGUGUCCGAGGGGGAUUGUAAGGGAUGUAAUUGUGAAGGUAGAAGAGUGUUGCUACCCAGUUGGAUUCUUAGUGCUUGAUUGUGCCACAAGUUCAAAGAACACGCACCCUCCAGUCAUUUUGGGUAGACCGUUCUUAGCGACUACUCAUGCCAUUAUCAAUUGUGUUGAUGGAACGGUAAGUAUGAGGUUUGGUGACCGUGAAUUGCGGUUAAAUGUGUUUUCAGAUGCGACUAAUCAUUCCAUUUCAAGUGAACACUCAAAAGCUGAAAGUGGUGAAGAGAAUGUCUCUCUUGCAAAGGAGAAUCAAACAAAAUAUGAGUGCUUUUUGGUUGAUAGGUUUGAAGUGGAAGGGAGCAAAGCAGUAAGGAAAAAGGAAAGUGUGGCUCAUGAGGAGUUUAAAAUGGCCAUUUUAUGCUUUCUGGCCAUUUCAUGA